AUGCUUGCAACGAACAAACCGGUAGCUGAUGUCGACUCCGGCCGCAAACUUGGGAGACUUCCUUCGAGUAUUGAUGGCAGUGCAGGCUGUGCUCCUGACAGGGUGUGUCUCUCUUGGCGUCCGCUGCGCCCCUGAUCGACAUCGACGAACCCGACCGACCUGUCGAGCCCGCCAUUGUACGCGCCCGCAACGUCAUCGCUUGGACGCUACCUUCUGGAAGGGUUUUGCGAUGUUUGAUCGACUCUGGAUCAGAGGUCGACUUGGUGGAUCAGGAGGUGGUGCGAGUCGACCCGAGCUUCGCAACGGCCCGUUUGACUGUACCAUUGCACUUGCGCCUCGGCACCCAGGAUAAGUCCGACCGAUGUGCUGUGUUCGCCACCGCUCCUUUUUCGUCUGGCGCCCUAGAUCUCGGUUUGCGACCAUUCUUCGUUUGCCGUGUAACGGCGUACGAUGCCAUCUUGGGGCUGCCAUUUCUUAAGGACACAGGCAUGCUCGUUGGUUGGGGCGUCUUCACCGUCGCGCGCACCGGCCCUUCGCAACCCGUCGCCCAGGAUACGCACGAAUGGGACCGAGCCGUCACCGUAGCACCUAUCUUAUCCGGUUCUGCCAUUGGCUGCAAUCACCCUGGGUUGCUUCCCGACGAUGAGAUCAUCGGCCUCGAGCCACACAACCCGCUGCUCGAUGUCGUCGACGAUCCGGCGCUCGACGAUUUCUCUGAGUCCGAAGCACGAACACGAUUGGCUGCCUUACUCGAGAAAUUUUCUGAUGUGUUCGUAGAUUCGCUACCGAUGGACCAACUCCCACCGUACCGGCCAGUCAACCACGAGAUCCCGUUGAUCGAUCCCACCGAAAAGGUCAAACCCCGGGUAUACCCCCUUGCCGACAAAUAUCGCAGCCAGUGGGCGGAACACUCAGCUAAGUACACUCGUGGUCGAUUCUGGGUUUCGGGUCCGAUCGAUUCUGCGGCUCCGGUCUUUGCCAUUCCGAAGAAGAACUCCCAGACGGCUCGUUUCGUGAUUGACCUCCGCGCGCGCAACAGCAACACCGUCAAGCGUUUUUCGCCCAUCCCGGACAUGACCAAUGUUCGAUACGAGGUGGCUCGAUCGCGUUAUCGCUCUAAAUUCGACGUGGCCGCGGCAUUUGAGCAGGUUCGGGUCAUACCGGAGCACGUCGAUCGCACCGGCUUCGCAACGGUGACGGGCACGUACACGUCGCGGGUCAUGCAGUUUGGUGACACCAAUGCGCCCAAUACCCUCAACCUCUUGACCUCGGCGAUGUUCCAGCCGUGUCUCCCGUUCGCCAAGAUCUUUUUCGACGAUGUCCACGUCCAUUCCGAUACCCGUCGUGCGCACUUGAGACACAUCAAGAUCCUGCUGAUGACAUUGAGACAUUACCGGUUCUACUUAGGAUCCAAGAAGUCCGAGUGGUUCUCAAAGUCGUUGGACUCCUUGGGCACCAUCAUUUCCGACGUCGGCAUCGAAGUCGACCCCGCCAAGUGGGUGCGUAUCCGUCAGUGGCCGAUCCCUUGCAACAAGACCGAUGUCCAGCGCUUCCUCGGCACCGUCAACUGGAUGCGAGAUCACCUACCGCACCUCUCAAAGAUUUUGGAGCCGAUCACCGCGUUAAUGGCGCAAGCGACGUCAUGGCGUUGGAACGAGCGAGAACAGCAGGCUUUCGAUACCGUCAAGUCCCUUGUGCCCGCCAUCCUACGACCGAUCGAUGGCGCCAAGGUUACCUCGGGCGAGCACAAGAUGUACCUCUUCACGGAUGCCAGUCGGGUUGGCAUUGGCGCUUGUUUGGCGUCCGGGCCCAACCGUUCGCAGGCCGUUCCAACGCGAUUCUUUUCCGCUAAGUUCAACGGUGCUCAGCUCAACUAUCAUGUCACUGAUAAAGAGUUCUUGGCUGUCGUCUCGGCGUGUCGGGCGUUCGAGCAGCACUUGAUCGGUUACCCCUUCGUCAUCGUCACCGACCAUCAGGCCCUUCGCACGAUAAAAACCCAAAAACUGCGCCAAACGCCUCGGCACAUCCGCAUGUGUCUCGAACUCAGCCGUUUCGACUUCGAAUUUGAAUUCAUUGCUGGCAAGAACAACACCCUGGCCGAUUCGUUGUCGCGUCUGUGGGAGGUCAAGUGA